GGGGUUAACAAGAGGCAGAGAGAACUGGCCUUUCAUAGAGUUAUGUAGCUCUGUAACAAUAUAUCAGUUUCAGUCAUGCUUAACAGGAAGGCAACUGAUAAGAAAAAGAAAGGAAGAAAUAAAAACAGGAAAAAGAUAGAGACUGAAAAAGGAAGAGAAGAGAGAUAGCAAAGCUGAAAGAGAUAAGUGGAUAAAAAAAGAGACGAAAAGACACACUGCUCUCCAGUGCCAGGUCAGUAGGUCAAAUCUCUCUGGUAAUGGCACGAGUCUGGCUGGCUUUCCUCUGCUGGGGACACCCCCCUCCGUCUGUUCUUGGGUUAGUCAGGAAUCUAAUAAAUGCCUCCUUCUGCCCCCACCGCCUUUUCUGCAUGAUUACUCCUCUCCCGGUAGAUGAAGUGAUUACAUGUGGAGAAACCAGUCACAAAAGAGGCCAUAACACACAUGUAGCAUGAGCACACACCGAUUUGGGGGAGGGACUGCAGGGAAGACAGAAGUGUCUAAUAAAAUUUUAGUGGGGAGGCGGCCCUCAGGAGAGCUGCUCUGUUUGAAAGUUACACAUCUGGGCGGAACAAUCGAGUGGAUAGGUAAGAGCCACUUAAUCUACUUUACUGCCAGAUAUUGUGGGCGUGGGGGACUGUCUUAUCCUGUGUGUCCUCUGAGGAUUUGGCUGGAGUUUUUGUGAAUGAAUCUGAGAGAGAGGGAGAGUGGGGCAUAAAGGACAUCGGGAGGACUACAAAAAAUAGGCCAAUAUCCUUAUAUUGCAGUGUGUUUAACACCUGUUGUUUAGGGAAAUCCAAGAUUCCCACAGAUGUCACUGCUCAAUUGCAGAUUCAAGAUCAAAAUAACAUUUCGUUUGAGUCAAAUGCAAGGUUGUUUUCCUGGCCUCGGUGAAGCCAUCUGGUUCAAUCUCAUGUUGUUCCAAGCCCUUAUGACUUUCUUUCAUCAAUGGAAAACAAUAGGAGAUUUUUGUUGAGCUUAGUAAUGCUUGAUCUCUCAAAGAUCUCAAAUUAGCCCUCACACCUCUCUCAAAACCCAUCCAAAGUACUUAUUUGUAAAAGGCUAUUUAAAGGUUAGGGGAUUCAGAGACAGUGGACAUGCAGUACAAGAAGAAUAGUGUUCACUACUGUAAGCUUUGAUAAUAUCUUUUCAUUAUGGAUUAUAGCAUGUUUCCAUUUUUGGUAACAAUUUUUCUAUUGCAUUUAAUUUUUUUCUUUUGUGUUUUGCGUAAGUCAUAUGGGUUUGGAAUAACAUGAGGGGCAAGCCAAUUAUUCCCUUUAGUUCACCAGUAAACCAAACCAAAAAGUAAUGUCUUUUCAUGUAAUAUCAUACCAGAAUUUUGAGUAGCUGACAGACUUUAUUUUGCAUAAUAGGGACUUUGGGACGAACAACAGUUCUGAGACCACAAACAUGAUCCAAACAAGCUGUCCAACAUGUUCCCUGCUAGCCUACUGGUUCUGAUGAUCCUGCUGCUACCUCAAGCCUCAUCAGUUCACCAGAGGGGUCUCAGUCAAACUCAUGGAAACCUGCCCACCACUCUGGGGCCUAGUUUGGCCCAUACCAUUCAGAAACUUCUACUGACCCGCCUGGGACUACAAUCACACCCCAACCCCAGUGCAGAAGUACAGGUGCCCCAGUAUCUUCUAGACUUGUAUCGAUUCCACACUCAACAGUAUCAUCUCGUCGAAUACCCAGAGUUUAGCUUCCCCUCCCAGCAUGUGAAAGGAGCCAACACGGUCCGAUGCUUUCACCACACAGAGUCUACAAGUUUGCCAGAAGUGCAGAAAGGGGCAUCAGACAGCAUUCACAUUGGCUUCAAUCUGUCUUCCAUUCCUUCUAAUGAGAGUGUGGUGUCUGCAGAGCUACGUUUCCUACAUGAGGGGCCAGGCACAAGUUCUCAUACGGUCAGCCUUUAUCUUUCCAAUGAUGACCCUGAGUCAAAACACAAACUCCUCCAUUCACGUCGGUUGACUAGAGAUUCAAAGACCACAGAAGUCUGGGAAACCUUUCCCCUUCAUGGAGAAGUCUUCCAAAGUGUAUCUGAGAAGUCAAGGAGCCUGUAUUUUAUCCUGGAUAUUAUAGCAGAUAACAGCAGCCUUCCAAAAGAGAGACAUCUGCGGCUACGCAGGUCCGUAGGGCAGGACGAUCCCAGCUGGGUGAGGCAAAGACCCCUCCUGGUGACAUACAGUCAUGAUGGGCUCACUGAACCGUUUGUCCCCCACAAAAAGCGGAGCCCUGCUGACAGAAAAGGAAGAGGCAGAUGGACUGGGGUCAGGUUUAAGAAUGAUAGGGGUCAGGGCUCGGAUGUCGGCUGGCAGGGGGGAUGGAAUGAAAAGCGAGUGAAACGGAAUGGCGGGAGGGCUGCCAAGCUCAAACGCCUCUCCCGUGCUCGCUGCCGUCGGCACCCUCUGUAUGUGGACUUCAAAGAUUUAGGCUGGAAUAAAUGGAUUGUGGCUCCGUCUGGUUACGAUGCUUUCUUUUGCCUCGGCGAGUGCCGCUUCCCAUUGGCUGACCAUAUGAAUUCAUCUAGCCAUGCCAUGGUGCAGACGCUGGUCAACUCGGUAAACGGGGCAGUGCCUCGAGCCUGCUGCGUUCCCACAGCUCUGAGCCCCAUUGCUCUACUCUACCUGGACCAAGAGGAGCGUGUGGUGUUAAAAAACUAUCAAGACAUGGUGGUGGAGGGCUGCGGGUGCCGAUAGCAAGAGACUUGUGGAAUAAAAUGAUAGAGAGAAUAGAGAAUUCGGGGGAAAAUGUUAUUUAAAUUCCGAAUGAAAGGCAAUUAAUGAAAGGAAUGUAAUAAAGAGUGGAGUGAGCAAGACACAUGGAAGAGAUAAAGAAAGAUUGGUAAAAUGAUUCUUAUAUUAUCCACGAAAAUGAUAAAAUGCUAAAAAUUGAAGUAAUGGUUCAUCCAAAAAUGAAAAUUUGGUAAUUACUAACCUUCAUGUCAUUCCUACUCAUAUGACUUUUUUCUUCUUCUGUGUAACACUAUAGGAUGCAUUUUGAAUAAAUAGAUACAAUGAAUAGUGACUGGAGCUUAAAAACUUCAAAUGGACUCAAAAUCACCAUAAAUAAGCAAUUUAUUCAACUUGUGCACUAUAUUCCAAGCCUUCUAAAGACAUGAUAUUUUUGUAUGAGGAACAGACCAAAUCUAAGUAAUUAUUUACUAUCCUAGCUCUCACUGGCACAUUCGAGAAAGAAAUGGUGAUGUUUUAUUUGUGAUCGACUCAUUGUUUUGAGUUGAAUAUUUUCAACAAUAUGAUUAAUCUGGUUCCCAACCCAUUCUGAAUGAUUCGCUCAUGAAUUGGACUGAUCCAUUUCUCAAGUUCAACUCACUGACUCAAUUACCCGAUCACAGUGGUUCUUGUGUUAACAGCUCACUGGAGGUAAAUAUUGAAUUUUGGUCUUUUUCUCCCCAAAGCUAUCGUAAGGCAUGGAACAUAGUCAUGGUGCGUUUGAGUCCUUUUUUAAGCUUGAAAGCUCUACUGUAAUUUCAUAGCAAAGAUAUACCAGUAUUGUCCUUUUGUGUUCCACAUAAGAAAGUCAUAGAAGUUUGGGACAUCCUUAGGAUAAGUAAAUAAUGAGAGAAUUUAAAUUUUAGGUGAACUAUCCCUUUAUCAUGAGCACCUUUCCACAAUCCUAACUACUUGUGUCUCGUGAAGCUUUGUAUUUGUGUGAAUGACUCUUAAAAGCACUCAGUCCAGAUGUGGGUGUCAGUCUUAAAUAAUAUACUCCAGCUUUCUUGUAGUCUCGUAGGUGUCCAAUAGCUGUGUUCUUGUCAUUACGUCUUUGCUGAUCCUGAUUUGUGUGUCCUUCCCUCAUUAACAUCAUGUCAUUGACAACUCUAAGGGACCAAGAAGCAGCCAUGGACUCCGAUAGAUCCUUUGUGUCGUGAAACAAAGGUGCUGGACAGACUUUUACCCAAGGAGAGACUUGCUAGCAAGGACUGAACUCUUCAUCUUUGGUUGGAGUUCAACUUCAAAGGAUGUGCUGUGACAGAGACGGCACUUCUCAUUAUGAGCUAUUUAAAAUCCUGACACCCAGAAAUUAUUAUGUUAUUGUCUGAAUGUGUAAUGUAAGUGCUAUUAUUUAUGGUGACCUGUUAUUUUUAUGUACAGUGUCCAAAGAAAGAAAAGUUUGCUAAACAAAUACUUAUGUGGUUGUAAAGUAAAUCUAAUUUAAGAAUGCAACUAUAUAUAUAUAUAUAUAUAUAUAUAUAUAUAUAUAUAUAUAUAUAUAUAUAUAUAAAGAGCAAAAAAUAUGUAUUUAAUCUUGACAAAUAUUGCAGAUAUACAAUUACCAGAAUGCCUUAUAGAUCCAUUUAAACCAGUAAAAACUCAUCUAUUAUUUUUAAAUCCACUGCACUGAAUCGUGGCAGCUUUAUUUUGGCAUUGAUUUAAAGGUGCACUCAGUUUUGUUUAUGUCAUUCAGUACUUACACUGACACCUAGGGGCAUGGAUGCUGCCUCAUUCAAACACAAUAGUUUUCAGAUAAAGAUGGCAUGGUAGAAAAUUUAUAUUUGCAGUAAGCCAUGAUUAAUUUAACCCACAAGUGAAAGUGUCCAAUAAUAGGGCGGUAAUUGAGAUUAAGCAAGUAGUAUUCAGAUGGUCAUGUGAUCCUUACAUGGAAGCACCCAUGAGAGGACCCUUUUUCUCAUAUGAAACAUCAUGAUUAUAUACAUAUCUUUCAAAGUAACUCAUAAUUUCUUUAGAAGUAAAACUUUAUUUAAUGAGGAAAAUUUACUGAGUGCACCUUUAAUUAUGAGGACUCGUUACUUACAAUAGAAGCUUUGUGAAACAAAAAAAUUGCCAAAACAUUCCACUAUAUGGUUCCAAAAUGUUGUUACAUGCCUUUUGUGUGCCAUCUUGGUAAUUGGUAUUCUACAUAAAGUUGUGACAAGUGUCUUUUUGUCAUCAUGUACUGUAAUUAUCACACAUUUCAAGACAUCUGCAUUUCUAAACAUGAAAGAUCAUCACUGCUUUUUGUCCAAGCUUAUUUCGAUGUUCUGUCAAGAAUAGCAGAAUAUAUUCUACCAGUGUGAUGCUUUACAUGGAGAACCUAAGCAAAAGCUUCGAGAAAGUCCGCCAUUGUCUGGAGCCGUUGUAAAAUGUGUAAUAAUAAACAGCAAAUAAAUCAG